AUGUUCAGGAACGCUCUGCGGCAGUCCAGCCGCUCCGUUGCGGCCGUCCAGGCCACUGGCCGCAUCGCCUCGGUCCGCGCGGCUGUCCCCGGCCCCAUUGCCGGUGCCUCCAAGCAGGUCCGCUCUUAUGCCUCUGAGGCUAAGGCUGCCCCUACUGAGGUCUCCUCCAUCCUGGAGCAGCGCAUCCGUGGUGUCCAGGAGGAGGCUGGCCUCGCCGAGACUGGUCGUGUUCUGUCGGUCGGUGACGGUAUUGCCCGUGUCCACGGUAUGACCAACGUCCAGGCUGAGGAGCUUGUUGAGUUCGCUUCCGGUGUUAAGGGUAUGUGCAUGAACUUGGAGGCCGGCCAGGUCGGUGUCGUGCUUUUCGGUUCCGACCGUCUCGUCAAGGAGGGUGAGACUGUCAAGCGUACCGGUGAGAUUGUUGAUGUUCCUGUUGGUCCUGAGCUGCUCGGCCGUGUCGUCGACGCUCUUGGUAACCCCAUUGACGGCAAGGGUCCCAUCAACGCCACUGAGAAGCGCCGUGCUCAGCUUAAGGCCCCUGGUAUUCUGCCCCGUCAGUCCGUCAACCAGCCCGUCCAGACUGGUAUGAAGUGUGUCGACUCCAUGGUUCCCAUUGGCCGUGGCCAGCGUGAGUUGAUCAUUGGUGACCGUCAGACCGGUAAGACCGCUGUCGCUCUUGACACCAUGCUUAACCAGAAGCGUUGGAACGCUACUGGUAGCGAGGCUGAGAAGCUGUACUGUAUCUACGUUGCUGUUGGUCAGAAGCGUUCUACUGUCGCUCAGCUCGUCAAGACCCUCGAGGAGAACGACGCCAUGAAGUACUCCGUCGUUGUUGCUGCUACCGCCUCUGAGGCCGCCCCUCUGCAGUACAUUGCUCCCUUCACUGGUUGUGCCAUGGGUGAGUGGUUCCGUGACAACGGCCGCCACGCUGUCAUUAUCUACGACGAUCUGUCCAAGCAGGCCGUUGCCUACCGUCAGAUGUCCCUGCUUCUGCGUCGUCCCCCUGGACGUGAGGCCUACCCCGGUGACGUUUUCUACCUGCACUCCCGUCUUCUGGAGCGUGCCGCCAAGAUGAACAAGACCCACGGUGCUGGUUCAUUGACUGCCCUCCCCAUCAUUGAGACCCAGGGUGGUGAUGUCUCCGCUUACAUUCCUACCAACGUCAUUUCCAUUACUGAUGGCCAGAUCUUCUUGGAGGCUGAGCUGUUCUACAAGGGUAUCCGUCCCGCCAUUAACGUCGGUCUGUCCGUCUCCCGUGUCGGUUCCGCUGCCCAGAUCAAGGCCAUGAAGCAGGUCGCCGGUUCCCUGAAGCUUUUCCUUGCUCAGUACCGUGAGGUCGCCGCUUUCGCCCAGUUCGGUUCCGAUCUGGAUGCCUCCACCAAGCAGACCCUUGCCCGUGGUGAGCGUCUGACCGAGCUCCUCAAGCAGAAGCAGUACUCCCCCAUGGCCGUUUCCGACAUGGUUCCCCUCAUCUUCGCCGGUGUCAACGGUUUCCUUGACCAGAUCCCCGUUGCCAAGAUUCUCCAGUGGGAGACUGACAUCCUUUCUCACCUUAAGAGCUCUUUCCCCGAGAUCCAGCAGACCAUCGAGAAGGAGGGCCAGGUCUCCAAGGAGUCUGAGGCUAAGCUCAAGGAGGUCAUCGGUAACUUCAACAAGUCUUUCAACGCAUAG